AUGCCGGGCAUCUUGACACCGCCAGAGCUCGCCACCAACCGCUCCCACGACCCCCACGAGAAACCCGGUCGCUACCAGCCCAAGUCCAGAAAACCAAGAUUCUUUGCCAAGAUGAAGGAAUCGUGGGCGUCUCAGUCGUCAAAGACGCGGUACUUCAAAACGACCGCCAUUGUCUUUACCAUCAUCUGUCUGUUCUACUGGCUGUCGCCCUCUGGCGUCUCUGUCCAGCCCUCCGUUUCUCAAAAGACGAACCCCGAGCCCGUUGGCCUGACCACUGGCGUCAACACACCCGUUCCCGAGAGGCCAGUCGAUAAGCCCGCCGUCAACACUCCGCCCGCGGACUCGACCAAGGAGCCCUCCAAGCCCGCCUCCGGAUCCGACUCUUCCCCGGGCAAAGAUACCACCAAGCCUCCCGCUACUGGCGGUGACAGCGUCGAAACCCAUGAUGCCGACGACGCCGCCUACUCUACCAAAAAGUGCUCCAAGUCGUACAGCAAGGAGAAGCCGAUCGUGCAAUAUGUCCUCAUGAUUGAUGCCGGCAGCACGGGCUCCCGCAUCCACGUUUACAAGUUCAACAACUGCGGCGCUAUGCCUGAGCUCGAGAGUGAAGAGUUCAAGAUGACUGAGAAGAGCGUCGGCGGCCUCAGCGCGUACAAGGACGAUCCUGUCGCUGCCGCCAAGAGCCUGGAUCCCCUCAUGAAGGUGGCCAUGGAGCAUGUCCCUGAGAAGCUCAAGGGCUGCACCCCCGUCGCUGUCAAGGCUACCGCCGGCCUGCGUUUGAUUGGCGCCGAAAAGGCCGACGCCAUCCUCAAGCAGGUCCGCACACACCUCGAGAACGACUACCCCUUCCCCGUUGUCUCCGCCGACAAGGAUGGCGUCGCUCUCAUGGACGGCUCCGACGAGGGCGUCUACGCCUGGAUCACCACCAACUACCUACUCGGCAAGAUUGGGGGCGGGGAGAAGGGCGAGACUGCCGCCAUUUUCGAUCUCGGCGGCGGUUCUACCCAGAUUGUCUUCGAACCCCUCUACAAGAGCGUUGAGGGCGCGACCCCCGAGAAGCUUGCCGACGGUGAGCACAAGUACGAGCUCAACUAUGGCGGCCACAAGUUCGAGUUGUACCAGCACUCGCACCUCAAGUUCGGUCUCAUGGCCGCGCGCGAGCGUAUCCACCAGGCUCUGAUCGAUGAGCUCGCCAAGAGCAAAGGCUCCGACAAGACGUGGCUCUCCGAGGCCAUUGUUCACCCCUGCAUCCUACCCGGCUUCGAGCGCCAGGUCAACGUGACGCUCGGUGAGGACAAGAAGCACGACGUCACCUUCGUCGGCCCUAGCGAGCCCUCGUCGGCGCAGUGCCGCAGCUUGGCCGAGAAGCUGCUCAAUAAGGACGCCGCCUGCAAGAUGGGCCCCUGUUCGUUCAACGGCGUUCACCAACCGGCGCUGGCCAAGACCUUUGCCAAGCAGGAGAUUCUCGUCUUCUCCUUCUUCUACGACCGCAUGGAGCCGCUGGGCAUGCCCGAAUCGUUUACUCUCCGCGAGAUGCACGAUCUGACGCACGCCGUCUGCCAGGGCAAGAAGGGCUGGAGCUCGUUUGAGAGCAACCCCAAGGCCAUGGCCGAGCUCAACGAUCGCCCCGAGUACUGCCUGGACCUCAGCUUCAUGCUGGCUCUGCUGCAUACCGGCUACGACAUGCCCAUCGACCGCGAGGUCAAGAUUGCCAAGAAGAUCGAUGGCAACGAGCUUGGCUGGUGCUUGGGCGCCAGCUUGCCCCUGCUCGAGGCCAACUCGGGGUGGAAGUGCCAGGUGAAUAAGAUUGCAUAA